CACAGCCCCCUAGGUUAUGGUUAUGUGAACUUCCGCUUUCCUGCAGAUGCUGAGUGGGCCUUGUACACAAUGAACUUUGAUUUAAUUAAUGGUAAACCAUUUCGCCUCAUGUGGUCACAGCCAGAUGACCGCUUAAGAAAGUCUGGAGUUGGAAAUAUAUUCAUCAAGAACUUGGAUAAAUCCAUAGACAAUAGGGCCCUAUUUUAUUUAUUUUCUGCUUUUGGGAACAUUCUUUCCUGUAAAGUAGUAUGUGAUGACAAUGGCUCUAAGGGUUAUGCCUAUGUCCACUUUGAUAGCCUUGCUGCUGCCAAUAGGGCUAUCUGGCAUAUGAAUGGAGUCCGGCUCAACAACCGCCAGGUGUAUGUGGGCCGAUUCAAAUUCCCUGAAGAGAGAGCAGCUGAAGUCAGAACCAGGGAUAGAGCCACAUUUACCAACGUUUUUGUGAAAAACCUUGGAGACGAUAUGGAUGAUGAAAAACUAAAGGAAAUUUUCAGUGAAUAUGGUUCAAUUGAGCGUGUAAAAGUAAUAAGAGAUGCCAGUGGGAAAUCUAAAUGCUUUGGAUUUGUCAGAUAUGAGACACAUGAAGCUGCCCAAAAAUCUGUGCUAGACCUGCACGGAAAAACAAUAUAUGGGAAAGUCCUACAUGUAGGGAGAGCACAAAAGAAAAUUGAAAGAUUGGCUGAUUUAAGGCGGAGAUUUGAAAGGCUGAAAUUAAAAGACAAGAGUAGGUCUCCAGGUGUGCCUAUCUAUAUUAAGAACCUGGAUGAGAGCAUCGAUGACGAAAAACUAAAGGAGGAAUUUUCUUCAUUUGGAUCAAUUAGUCGAGCCAAAGUGAUGACAGAAGUGGGACAAGGCAAAGGGUUUGGUGUCAUCUGCUUUUCUUCUUUUGAAGAGGCUACCAAAGCAGUGGAUGAGAUGAACGGCCAUGUAUUAGGCUCUAAGCCACUGAAUGUCAUGCUGGGUCAAGCCAGGCACAGGUGGUGAGAAUCACAAUGAUCAGUUUG